GCCUAUAUUAGGAAAAUCUUACAGGUGUAUGAUUUUCUUGUCAGUUUUACUACUGUUGCACUUGCAGUUCUUCAAUGAUGAUGUUUCCCUGCUCUGGGUUAAUAUUCUCAGUUGGUGUUGUGUUGUCUUGUGCACGAUUGUGGUUAUGGUGCAUGUAUAAUUAACCGGUGUUGCUGGUCCAAUAUUUUUUAUUUUUAUUUUUUAUCCACUAAGUUUUCUUUUCUUUUUCUUGUUGCCCAAGCAAUGGUUUGUUCUGCACUUGAUAUUUGGUUUUGUUGCCUCAGGUUUGGGACAAUGGUAGCUUGUUUUCGAUAUGCUCCUAUUGAUGUUUAUUCUGUAUUUCUCCCACCUCCAAAGCUUGAAUUUAGCCAUGAUAAUCACGAGUGGAUUCAGAAAGAAGGUGAUGAGGUGCACAGAAGGGCUAAUGCUUUGUUUGCUGAGGUGUCCAAAGCUCUUCAUGCAAAGUUGGAAAAAUUUUCUGUUGAUAGUAGCUUGAAAGCACCGAAUAUAAGUGAGCAGAUUGCAGAGAUGGAAGAAAUAUUAGAGAAGGAGAAAACUGUGUUUGAGGUGAUUCUUUUAUUUUCCCCUCCUGUUGUUUAGAUACUAACUUGUGUCAUCUGCAUUGUCGGUGAGGUAUAAACAAAUUUGUCAGUAUGGCUGAGCGAGAAGAUAGAUAUGGUUACCUUUUUGAUGUUCAACUGUUUCUAAAGAUGACAGCCCAAGUAAUUUCUCUCUGUAUGGUGUGGAUAACAUGUCUCAAACCUUUGACAUUUUAGGACUGAGAAUUUUGGUGAAGUAUGUGUUUAAAAUUCAGAGGUGCGUUCUCUCACUCUAAGAUAUGUGAAAAUUAAUGCAGCAACGAAUUGGAGAAGAAAGAAAUAAUCAGGGUUCUCUAAUAAGAAGUAGCAGUAGAAAAAGAAUAUGAGAGGAGCUAACCCUUAGUGUAGCAACUAGAAAAAAGUUUUUCCAGCCCGAUUAGAGGAGGAAAAAAGAAAAAGACGUGUCUUCCCUAAGCAAGACGGUAAAAAAACAAGAAAGACUUAAGAGUACAUAAGACCUGUCAUGGGCGGCUUUCCAACCAUGCCCCAUGACCCCUUGGAUGCGCCCCGUGGCGU